AUGUCCACUACUGUUCGCGUCGGUGCCGUUCAGGCUGAGCCGGUAUGGCUUGACCUUAAUGGUGCCGUCGACAAGACCAUCUCCCUUAUCGAGGAAGCUGCUAAAGAUGGCGUCCAGGUGCUCGGGUUUCCCGAGGUGUGGAUUCCUGGAUACCCGUGGUCCAUGUGGACUUCUAGUGUCAUCGAGAACACCCAUAUCAUCCACGAAUACAUGGCGAACUCGAUGCCCCGAGACUCAGACCACAUGAGACGUAUCCUUGCCGCUAUAAAAAAGGCGGGGAUGUUUGUGGUUCUCGGAUAUAGCGAGAGGGAGGGUGGUAGUCUCUACAUGGCCCAAUCGUUUAUUUCGCCGGAAGGUGAGAUAGUCCACCACCGACGGAAAAUAAAGCCCACACACAUAGAGCGAACUAUCUGGGGUGAAGGCCAAGCCGAAUCGCUUAAGUGUGUGGUGCCAUCAAAAUUUGGUAAUAUUGGUGGCUUGAAUUGCUGGGAGCACUUACAACCUUUGCUUCGUUACUACGAAUACUCGCAAGGGGUUCAAAUACAUGUUGCAAGUUGGCCUGCAGAAUUUGAAAUGCCAGAUCCCUCCAAAAUUGCUUGGCUAUAUCAUGAGACGGGAGAGGCAAGCUACCGAGCGAGCCAGUUCAUGGCUAUAGAGGGGCAGUGCUUCGUCCUCGUCGCGUCACAAAUCCUAACCGAGAAGAACCUGGAAAAAAACAACCUUUCCGGUAACCCAGUAACCAAGACGCCUGGCGGUGGUUUUUCCAUGAUUUUCGGGCCCGACGGCAAGCCGCUCUGCGAACCUAUUGGCGCUGGAGAAGAGGCUAUCCUCAAGGCAGAUAUUAAUUUGCGGGAUAUCGAUUAUCCCAAAGCAUUCAUCGAUGUCGUCGGUCAUUACGCUAGGCCGGACCUGCUAAGCUUGCUGGUAAAUCCCACUCAAGACUUACACGUGACGAAGAUGUCUAAGUAG